GCUGACGGUAGGACAGGGCUGAAUGCUGAAGACCAUGAACAGAUAAAGCAGCGCUAGAAGACAGGCCCAAGAGGCGCCAGCGAAGAGGAUCGAAACAUGGCGGCCACCGCUGCUGCAUUGCGGCAGAGCGCUCUUGGUGGAAGCAUCGGUCUCCACCAACAGGACAAUGUGGUGGCAAACCGGCAGCCAUCACGUUGGGUGAAUGGCAUCUGCAGAUGUCGGGCGGGGAUGGAGCACCCGAGAAACAACUCCUUUCCCACGCAGCCCAAGCACUACCAGCCAUCCCGGAGCUGCUCUCUGGUCCUGAAGGCGGCCGCCGAAGCUAGCGCCAGCACUCAGGAGCUGCCUCCAACACAAUCCGAGGUAGAAGGGAAAGGUGCAGAGGCGAAGGAAGCUGAGGCAAAGCCAGAGAAGCCGGCGAAGCCGACACUGAAGAAGGGACAGGUCGUACGGGUGGACAAGGACAUGUACUACGACAGCGUUGAGUCGCUAGCAACAAACCACCCCCGAAAUUACAAGGGGAUCGACUACGUCUUUGAGGAUAGAGGGGAGAUCCUGGACGUGCGGAUCUUCCAGGCUGGCGAAUAUGCACUGGUCGCCUGGUCGGGAGUGCUGACGGCGCCCGCCUGGCUGCCCGCUUCCAUGCUGACUGUGGUCGAAAAGAACACCUACAAGAGGAUCUACGGCCCAUAAAUCCAUGUCAGGAUGCCAUAGGAUGCCUUAAUUCUCGUGUUGCCAGGUGGAGUGCAGCUCUUGGAAAGCUUGGCGGCUUCCAUCUCUCACUUGCGCGUGACCGUUGGUGCCAAGGAAAAUUCUAGGGCUAUUGAGCUGCGGAUAAAGAUGCAACUCUUGAUGCUUAAAUCGUGUAGACUUGUUGCGUGACGAAGUUGCUCUAAGAUGAUGGGUUGUUAAGAAUCUUUCAGUGAUGCACAAUCUCAACUAGCUACAGCUGGCGGAGUAAGGUAUGCUCUAUUCAGGGAGCGUGUGUAAACACUGCAUGCAUUAUAGAGUCCCCAUUGGCAACAUACUAAGACUUACCAACGCAUUGAUUGUCGUGAAUCUGCACUAGCCUG